AUGGAUUACGGCCUUCACCAGCAGCACCAAGGCAUCCUCCGGCAGAUGGCCAUGGAGGAUGACGACCUUCCUGAACUCGAGCCUUUGCCACAUGAGAGGAUAUUGCACCAGACGAAGGGUCGGAUAUCACUCGACAUAUCGGCUCCCUCGCCAUCCAGAGGCGUCCCUCCCUACUCCUUACGGUGUGACCGUGGAGUAGCUUAUAUAACGAAUAAACGACUUGUGUUCCUCCCGGUGCAGCCGACGGAACAGUUCAAGUCAUUCUCUACCAUCAUACUUAAAACCGAGAAUUCCCAUGUGGUCGGAGCAUCAUGGGGCGGCUUUGGAGCCAAUUUCUGGGACGCUGAAGUCAAGCCCGAGGCGGAUGGCAAUAUCCCCUCGGAUUACACACGAGUCAACAUGAGGCUGACGUUCAACGAUGGCGGGCACAGUGACUGGGCUCUGAGAUACGAAGAAAUUCGAGGGCGGCUCCUCCACGCUGCAUCAGUCGCACGAGAGACGGGGAACACACAGAUUCUCAACUCGGUCACGGAUGAACAACUUCCAGAGUACUCGCCCCGCGAAGGUGGAUCGAGACAGAGUCAAGUAAUCGCCAGCCAGGCGCAGAUUGAACAGCAGGCGGACGAGGCAGCUCUUGCGAGGGAACAGGGCCAGGCGGCCCCGGACGAACCACCCCCUGACUACGACGAGGCGCAGGCGCAGGCUAUAGCUAUGCGCUUCGAUGAGCGUGCGCGCGAGGAUGCGGAACGAGGGCAAUGA